GCGUAUAUGGGCCUUACUUUGACCUAUUGUUGGAAGCUGCUUUUCUGUUGGCAUUUUUCGAAUUCCUACGAUGUAGCGAAUUUACCUCGUUAUCACAGUCUUUCAACCCACAAGUCGGUCUCUGCGUUAAGGACAUUAUGACGCUAGGUAACACACACUCAGUUGAUGCCCUGGUUGUGACCAUUAAAUCAUCAAAAACUGACCAGUUCCGACGUGGAUUUGAACUUAGACUCUAUCCAACUGGCUCUGCCUUUUGUCCAGUUUCGUCCCUACAUCGCUUCCUUUUAGUUCGCCACAAGAUGGGGGCAGCACCACACGAACCACUAUUCAUGCUUCCUGAAAGAAUACCACUCAAUCGUGCCCACUUCACCAACUCGCUUCGGUUUCUUCUCACUAGACUUGGCUUCAAAGCUCACCUCUUCGCGGGACACUCUUUUCGCAUUGGAGCGGCCACUACUGCA